CCUCCUCCUCCCCCUCUCCUCUCUAUCUCUACUUCCAAAUCAAGCUCCUCUUACUUCUUCCUCCAUCCCCUUCUUGACCCCUUCUGGGAUAUCCUAUCAAUUGGAAUAUCGUAUAGAUUGGCCUUUUAAUGUUGUCGUCCUGGGAUAAUAUACUCCCAUGCCCUACCCGGCCGGUGAUGGUCGACCGGCGGUGGAAGCCCAACGUGGAGAUCGCACCUAAUUGCCCCCGGUGUGACUCCCCCAACACCAAGUUUUGCUACUACAACAACUAUAGCCUAAGCCAGCCCCGGUACUUCUGCAAGGGCUGCCGGCGGUAUUGGACCAAGGGUGGCUCCCUUCGCAACGUUCCGGUGGGUGGUGGGUGCCGGAAGAAUCGCCGGGGGAAGUCGGUGAGGCUGUCGACGGUCGUCCCUCCAGAUUUGAGCUACGGCCGCCGGCUAUCGGGUCAGAUCCGGCCAGACCUUGCUUUGGAUGGCAUGGUGGGGAAUUCAACCGGUUCGGUCCAAUCAAUGGAUGCAUCCACCACCACUGAUGGAUCCACAAUUGAUCUUGCCUUGCUGUAUGCCAAGUUCUUGAACCAGCAUCCUGUGGUGGAACCGGGCCUCGGCGUGACCGAAUUGCCCGGUGGGAUCGAUGAGUCCUUCGACUCGAGUGGAAGGCAAAGUGACACAAAUUUGAAUCAGCAAACUCCUGCCCCAUUACCUAAUCAGUAUAACCUUGUGGAAUGCCAAAGAGUAAGUGAGCCAAUUGCUGAAGCACUGCUGGGUGAUGGAGACCAGCAAUCCAUUGGAAAUCAUGACCUGCCUGUCGAUCCAAGUGCAUACGAGUCGCCGGCAUUCCCGACUGAAGGCAUCAGUAGCUUCCUCUCAUCCAAUUGUCCGGGUGUUCCAAAUUUAGCAAGCGAAGCCGCUAAUUAUCAAGGGUUUGGAUCGUUGCAGCUGGAAGAUAGCAUGGCUCUUCAUCAAAACCUUAUCGUUAAUGAUUGGAGCACCAUGGACUACUCAAGUUUGGAAGCUUUCUAUUGGUCUUAAGGAAGUGAUAUAUCUUCUUCUUAAUUUUUCUUUCAUUUAGUGUUACAUAUCUAUGAAUGAGAGAGCGAGAGGAAGGAGGAGAAUGAACAAAAGAGUCGCGUAAGGUGAAGUAUGGUGUGGGGAAAUGUACAUUGAUGUCUUAAAACAAUACAAUAAAAUGCCACAUUUUCUUGGCAA